GGAUCAAUAGCUUCAAACCGACCUACUUUCCAGCUUUAAAAUAGUGUCAGUCAGACUGCACAGUAGGGUGUUGUCUGUCUCCAAGGGAUUAAAAUAUCACACUUACACCACACUCGAAUCUACAAUUUGAUUAAUGGCCUUAUGCCAAAACACACAGGGACGAGGACUCUAGAAAAUAUGUAAUAUUAAUAUGACAGAAGAUGGGGGACUGGAAUCUAUUAGGGAGUAUUUUAGAAGAGGUCCACAUUCAUUCCACCAUCGUUGGGAAGAUAUGGCUCACAAUCCUCUUCAUUUUCCGGAUGCUUGUGCUCGGCGUCGCAGCUGAGGAUGUCUGGGAUGAUGAACAGAGCGAGUUUGUUUGUAACACAGAGCAACCUGGCUGCAAGACUGUCUGUUACGACCAAGCUUUUCCCAUCUCUCUCAUCCGCUACUGGGUCCUGCAAAUUAUCUUUGUAUCCUCACCCUCUCUGGUCUACAUGGGUCACGCCUUGUAUCAUUUGAGGACCCUUGAGAAGGAGAGACACAGGAAGAAAGCGUGUCUGAAAGCUGAGCUGGAAGGUACAGAUCCCGUCCUGGAUGACCAUAAAAGAAUUGAGAAAGAGCUCAGGAAAUUAGAUGAACAGAAGAAAGUAAGGAAAGCUCCUCUCAGGGGCUCUUUGCUGCGUACAUAUGUUUUCCAUAUUUUGACCAGAUCUGUAGUGGAGGUGGGUUUCAUUAUAGGACAGUUUGCUCUGUAUGGGAUUGGACUGUCUGCACUCUACAAAUGUGAAAGGAUGCCUUGCCCUAACAGCGUUGAUUGUUUUGUGUCACGACCGACAGAGAAGAACAUUUUCAUGGUUUUCAUGCUGGUUAUUGCCGGAGUUUCUUUAUUCCUCAAUCUCCUAGAGAUUUCCCAUUUGGGGGUGAAGAGGAUUAAACAAAUCUUGUAUGGAUAUAAAUAUGGGGAUGAUGAGAGUAUGUGCAGGUCAAAGAAGAACUCCAUGGUGCAGCAGAUCUGUGUGCUCUCAAAUUCCUCACCACAGAGAUUAAUCCAGCUCACGCAGAUGACCUGCUCUGCUGUGCCUGAAACUCACGGAGAGAGUCAGCCUUUGAAUUUGGCCUUAGUGGCCCCUCAGAGUAUCGAAGGUCACAGCAUCUCCUGCCGCCCCAGCCAAGCUGAAAUCCAAGGUCUGCACCAGCUGGGUGUCAUGGAACGACGUUACACUCUGGAAAAUCGCAAACCGUCAUGCAGCAGCGAUGACUCAAAUGGACCCCAUGGUUCUGGUAAACCACACUAUGUGGGGCCUCGACCUACACUGACGGCCGGCCACAUGGAAAUCCCAGCAGCCCUUAGAAACCCACAGAGGAAGCAGAGCAGAGUGAGUGUAUGUAAGGAGCUCAGCGAUAUGAGUGAUUCUCCGGAGAGUGAACACUAUCCCACAGCCAGAAAAUGCAGUUUUAUGUCCAGAGGACUGUCGGAGGGCAAGCUGGCCAGUCCGUCUGACAGUGGAGACUGUCAGAGUGGAACGGACAAUGCAUCCCAGCAUCUUAGCGAGGGGGAGAGUCCAGUGGUGUCUCCACCACCUCCAGCUGGAGGGAGGAGGAUGUCCAUGAGCAUGAUUCUGGAGCUGUCUUCAAUCAUGAAAAAGUAAACUAUAAAGUACAGUUCUGGGACCAAACGAGUGCCAAUGGGAGUUCUAAAUUAGCCAAAGGAGCCUGAUUUCAAACAGAGUCUCAUCCUGUUUCUCUGCAGCAACAUUAUAUGUCCACAGUGUGCUUAUACAGUAUGUUUUCUGCAUGAAUAAUUUAGUUAUUUUCCACAUCCAAGAGACACUUAAUUUGCUUUAUGUAAUGUGUAAUUGCUAUUCCUAUCAACUGUUUGAUUAUAAGUUUACACCAGAUAAAAGAAGUAUUGAAAACGUCAAUACUGACGUUUCUAAAUAAAUCUAUUUCAAAAGGUUUGUUGACAUCACCAGAUGUCGGUAACUACCCAUCCAAUCCACUCAUGCGAGAAAUCAAAUCAUAGAUGUCCAGAAAUUAAGCUAUGUGUGAAAAUGAAAAAAUGGCAUUGGGAGAAAGUACUGAAUGCAUGAAGAAAGCAAAAAGGCAUGGAGAGUCAUGGCACCAGCUGAAAGCAAUCCUGCCACUUCAGUUCCAACUAAUGGCCUAAAAAAAGGUGUCUCAUUACCAAGAUGUCACACAAGAAGCAUCUCAUGAUGGGUAACUGAUGAUACUGAUGACACUGGUUACAGAAGAAAUUACUAAAGAAACUACUAAAUUACUGAAGGUUCCAGUGAGCACUGUUGGGGGCAUAGUUUGAAAGAGGAAAGAACAAAUGUCACCACAAACCGGCCGCUACCAAGUGCUUCCCUCAAGAUUUGAGACAGAAGGUGAAUGUAGCUCAGGCAGUAAACCAAGUCAUCUGAACUCAAUUAAAUUCAGUUUUAUUUAUACAGUGCCAAAUCACAACAGUUGCCUCAAGGCGCUUUAUAUUGUAAGGUAGGUCCUACAAUUGUACAUACAGGGAAAAACCCAUCAAUCACGUGACCCCCUAUGAGCAAGCACUUUGGCGACAGUGGGAAGGAAAAACUCCUUUUUAACAGGAAGAAACCUCCGGCAGAACCAGGCUCAGGGAGGGGCGGCCAUCUGCUGUGUAAUCUGCUAAACAGAUGAUUAGUGGUUUGAUCCCUCCAGUUUGCAUGCCAAAUAUCCUUGGGAAAAAUGCAAGAUACUAACCCCAAGUUGUUCUCUGAUGCAUCGGAGCAUGAAUGCGUGUGCAUGUUAGACAAAAAGAGCAAAGAAAAAAGUGCUGGUGUGAAUGCGUGAAUUAAGCAAGUUGUGUAAAGCCCUUUGAGUUCUCAGAUAGUGUAGAAAAAGUGCCAAUCCAUUUACUAGAAGAAUGAAAAGAAUGAUCAAAAAAGUUGUCCAAGGACUACUUGAAACAGCAGGUAUCAUUAUUUCAAACGGUCUGGUUUAGGAUUUGAAGACUGUGUGGACAAAUGGACCAGAAUCACACCUGAGCAAUACAUGCAACUAGUUGCUCCAUACAGGAGGCAUUUUGAAGCUGUCAUCACCACCAACAGCUUUUGUAAGAGGUAUUAAAUUCAUUUCAGCCGCGUGUUCAAUACAUUUUCACAGCAUCAUUUCUCAUUAUUACCACUAAUUUAUCAACACGUGGUCUGAGUUCUUUGUAUGUGUGGAAUUGAUGGGUUGUUACUGCCAUCUAGUAGGAAUUUCAUAUCAAUAGUACCUUUAGAGAUACAAUUACUUAGAAAAUUAAUGACAUAUUCAGUACUUAUUUUAUCUGCUCUGUCUAUAAAUUGUGAGCUACUUUGUGGGUAGUUUUGGAGAAUUUGGAGAAGUCAGGCAUGAAUUCAAAUGCUAUUUGUGUCAAAGCACGUAUUUAUCAAAUCAGUUUAAAAGUCUUCGAAGAUAUUUGUCAGAAUAAACAGGAAAUAGGGAAAUCUGAAACUGCAAAAAAGAGAAAGAAUUCUUGGAAUUGGUGUUUAUGGCUUAUUAUUAGUAUUAUAUAAUUGUGUACAAAGCAAAAGUGAAGCUAAAAAAUAUUGCCUGUCACUGUUGAAGAUAUAGUAUCACGUGGUACCACUACCAUCUGCGAGAGAAAAAUACAUUCUUUGAACUUUGUGUUGUUUAGGUUCCCAUAUCUCCUUGUGAAUGCAUAC